GCGGCGCGGCUGGCGCUGCGCUCCGCCCCGGCUGCAUUGCUGCGCUCCCGGUGCCCAAGGGAGCCACGCGCCGCGUGCACCCCACAGCCGGCCGACCCGAGGCAGUGCAGUCCGCUGGCAUGGGCCCCGGGGGCGCCCCGAGGUGGGGCUCUGGGCUGAGGCGCUGAAAGCCUCCCUCCCGCCCGCGGGGCCCCGCGCCCAGCUCGCCCGCCCGCCCGCCCGCGGCCAUGGCCGUCUGGCCCGGCCUGUGGCCAGCACUCUUGGGCAUAGUCCUCGCCGCCUGGCUCCGCGGCUCGGGUGCCCAGCAGAGUGCCACAGUGGCCAACCCAGUGCCUGGUGCCAACCCAGACCUACUUCCCCACUUCCUGGUGGAACCUGAGGAUGUGUACAUCGUCAAGAACAAGCCAGUCCUGCUGGUGUGCAAGGCUGUGCCUGCCACACAGAUCUUCUUCAAGUGCAAUGGCGAGUGGGUGCGCCAGGUGGACCACGUGAUCGAGCGCAGCACAGAUGGGAGCAGCGGGCUGCCAGCCAUGGAGGUCCGCAUCAACGUUUCGAGGCAGCAGGUUGAGAAGGUGUUCGGGCUGGAGGAAUACUGGUGCCAGUGCGUGGCAUGGAGCUCCUCGGGCACCACCAAGAGUCAAAAGGCCUACAUCCGCAUUGCCUAUUUGCGCAAGAACUUUGAGCAGGAGCCACUGGCCAAGGAGGUAUCCCUGGAGCAGGGCAUUGUGCUGCCUUGCCGCCCCCCAGAGGGCAUCCCCCCAGCUGAGGUGGAGUGGCUCCGGAACGAGGACCUGGUGGACCCAUCCCUGGACCCCAACGUGUACAUCACUCGGGAACACAGUCUGGUUGUGCGGCAGGCCCGCCUGGCUGACACAGGCAACUAUACCUGUGUGGCCAAGAACAUCGUGGCCCGUCGCCGUAGUACCUCCGCUGCUGUCAUUGUCUACGUGAACGGUGGGUGGUCGACGUGGACCGAGUGGUCCGUCUGCAGUGCCACCUGUGGGCGCGGCUGGCAGAAACGGAGCCGGAGCUGCACCAACCCGGCACCUCUCAACGGGGGCGCCUUCUGUGAGGGGCAGAAUGUCCAGAAAACAGCCUGCGCCACUCUGUGCCCAGUGGAUGGCAGCUGGAGCCCAUGGAGCAAGUGGUCGGCCUGUGGGCUCGACUGCACACACUGGCGGAGCCGUGAGUGCUCUGAGCCAGCACCCCGAAAUGGGGGUGAGGAGUGCCGGGGCGCUGACCUGGACACCCGCAACUGUACCAGCGACCUCUGUGUGCACACUGCUUCUGGCCCUGAGGAUGUGGCCCUCUAUGUAGGCCUCAUUGCUGUGGCUGUGUGCCUCAUCUUGCUGCUGCUUGUCCUCAUCCUCGUUUACUGCCGCAAGAAGGAGGGGCUGGACUCGGAUGUGGCCGACUCAUCCAUUCUCACCUCAGGUUUCCAGCCUGUCAGUAUCAAGCCCAGCAAAGCAGACAAUCCCCAUCUGCUUACCAUCCAGCCAGACCUCAGCACCACCACCACCACCUACCAGGGCAGUCUGUGUCCCCGGCAAGAUGGGCCCAGCCCCAAGUUCCAGCUCACCAACGGGCACCUGCUCAGUCCUCUGGGUGGUGGUCGCCACACGCUGCACCACAGCUCGCCCACCUCUGAGGCUGAGGACUUCAUUUCCCGCCUCUCCACCCAAAACUACUUUCGCUCCCUGCCCCGUGGCACCAGCAACAUGGCCUAUGGGACUUUCAACUUCCUCGGGGGCCGGCUGAUGAUCCCAAAUACAGGAAUCAGCCUCCUCAUCCCCCCAGAUGCCAUCCCCCGAGGAAAGAUCUACGAGAUCUACCUCACACUACACAAGCCAGAGGACGUGAGGUUGCCCCUAGCUGGCUGUCAGACCCUGCUGAGUCCCAUCGUUAGCUGUGGGCCCCCUGGAGUCCUGCUCACCCGGCCAGUCAUCCUUGCCAUGGACCACUGUGGGGAGCCCAGCCCCGAAAGCUGGAGCCUGCGCCUCAAAAAACAGUCCUGUGAGGGAAGCUGGGAGGAUGUGCUGCACCUGGGUGAAGAGGUGCCCUCCCACCUCUACUACUGCCAGCUGGAGGCCAGUGCCUGCUACGUCUUCACCGAGCAGCUGGGACGCUUUGCCCUGGUGGGAGAGGCUCUCAGCGUGGCCGCCGCCAAGCGCCUCAAGCUGCUUCUAUUCGCCCCUGUGGCCUGCACCUCCCUUGAGUACAACAUCCGUGUCUACUGCCUGCAUGAUACCCAGGACGCACUCAAGGAGGUGGUGCAGCUGGAGAAGCAGCUGGGUGGACAGCUGAUCCAGGAGCCUCGUGUUCUGCACUUCAAGGACAGUUAUCACAACCUGCGCCUAUCCAUCCAUGACGUGCCCAGCUCCCUAUGGAAGAGCAAGCUUCUUGUCAGCUACCAGGAGAUCCCCUUUUAUCACAUCUGGAAUGGCACGCAACAGUACCUGCACUGCACCUUCACAUUGGAGCGCGUCAGCCCCAGCACCAGUGACCUGGCCUGCAAGGUGUGGGUGUGGCAGGUGGAGGGCGAUGGGCAGAGCUUCAACAUCAACUUCAAUAUCACCAAGGACACGAGGUUUGCUGAGCUGCUGGCUCUGGAGAGUGAAGGGGGGGUCCCAGCCCUGGUGGGCCCCAGUGCCUUCAAGAUCCCCUUCCUCAUUCGGCAGAAGAUCAUUACCAGCCUGGAUCUGCCAUGCAGCCGGGGUGCCGACUGGCGGACUCUAGCCCAGAAACUCCACCUAGACAGCCAUCUCAGCUUUUUUGCCUCCAAGCCCAGCCCCACAGCCAUGAUCCUCAACCUGUGGGAGGCACGACACUUCCCCAAUGGCAACCUCAGCCAGCUGGCGGCGGCAGUGGCUGGACUGGGCCAGCCAGAUGCUGGCCUCUUCACAGUGUCAGAGGCCGAGUGCUGAGGACAGCCAGGCCCAAAACGCCUACACUCUCACCAGCUUUGGCACCCGCCAGGGACAGGCAGAAGCCGGACAGGGGCCCUACCCCACAGGGGGAGAGCUGCUUGGACAGGCCCCAUCCUGGCCAAUGUUGUCCCUUAAUGCUGGUCCUUCAGACCCUGCCUGAACUCCAAUUCCUUCAUGGCCUGCCUUGCCAGGCAAGUACAGCCACCUGCUCACACUUGUCCCAGCCCUAGGUCCCUGGGUGGACAGUGCCUGGAGCCUGGGCCGGGCCCAGCCCAUCUGUGUGUGUAUAUGUGCGUGUGAUGCUACCUCUCCUCCUGCCCCUUGCCAGGGGCUCCGCAUACACAUGGCAUGCAUGCACAUGCUGGGCUCGGACAUGGCCCCAGAGCUCCUGCCUAAGCUGGGCCUUAUGCAAACAUUUCUGUGCCUGCUGGGGAGGGGCACAUCUGAGGGACGCAGUUCCAGGCCUGUAGGAGAGAGGCCCCAACCAGAGAGGGGGCUGGCCCUGGAUUCAGGCACACAACCACCACACAGGCAUGUGCCCACGCAUGCUUCGUGUGUUCAUCCUACACACACACCCUCCUGGGUCACAGAGACCUGCCACCACCACCACACACAUCUCAUGCUGCACACCCAGAGGCUGCUCACGUCUCUCACACCCAGUGUCGGUACACACCUGCCUCUCACAUGCUGCCCUUUUCCACCCACCCAGGGACACCCGACGGCUCCUCCCCGAUCCUACCCCCCUUUCCCCGGCCUCGAGGUGUCCUGCCUGGCGGGGCGUGUGAAUAUGCAAUGGGAGUCCCGGGCUGUACAAUGGCGAGUGUGUGUGCCAUGGUGUGCCCGUUCCUGGGGCUGGCCGGUACCCCAGCCUGGGGCCUGUCGUGUGAAGCUUGUGUCCUGACUCUGUCUUAAGUGCUUUGAAGCACUUACACUUGGCCUUAUGUACACAGCCUUGCCCGGCCGCCGGGGCACAUAGGGAUUUUAGCGGACGUGAAUGUAAAUAAAUUAUAUAUAUAUAUUGCUAA